AAAAAAAAAAACGCGAACGAGCUACGUCGUCGUCCGUGCCGCGUAUCUCUCGCGUACGACGAGUCUCGCACACACCUCGUGCAACAGUCGUAUCGCGAGCUUUGCUAAAAUAAAAUCGGUCCGCGCGGCUAGAAGAGUUUCCUCGUUUUUUGUUGUUGUUGUUGUUGGUGGUGGUGCAUAAGAUCGGCCUUGCGAGCUGCAUGCCGUAACUGUGUCGUUACAAAGUUACCGAUUUGUGUUGUUACAGUUAUCGUCGCAAAAAUGAUGAAAGCUCAGGGUAUGAUGGGCUCGGACGACGACAAAAGCUACAGAGCGACGCGCUACGUGCUUUUCAUAUUCUACUUCGUCGUCAUCCUCUUAGCAGUCGUUGGUGGCAUAAUAUCGCUUUGGCUAACCAACGACACGAGCUUACAAGAAUGGAUAGAUGCCUUGAAUAUCCACCAGUACAAUUACGCACUAGCCAUUCUUAUAAUCGCCUCGAUACUCACCAUUCUCGUCUGUGCUUACGGACUCAUUGGGCUUAAAAAUGAACACGACCUGCAUCUGAAAAUCAACGCUGGAUUCCUGUUGGUUUGCUUCGCGUUGAGCUUGAUCGCGACCUGCUUGCUCUUGGAUUACUCGACGACCAACAGCAGUCUCCAGCCAAUCAUCCGAAAGUCCAUGAGAGAUCUCAUCUCUAAUUCUCAGCACGACUACGCAUCCGUUAUUCUUAGGCAACUGCAAGAGGGAAUCGGUUGCUGCGGUGCCGACGGGCCCAACGAUUACACACACCUGCUGAAGCCACUUCCGGCCGAGUGCCGCGACACGGUGACCGGUAACGCCUUCUUCCACGGCUGCGUCGAGGAGCUCACCUGGUUCUUCGAGUUCAAGAGCAUGGGCAUCGGUUUUCUAGGCAUGACUCUGGGCAUGCUCAACGUGAUUAUGGCCUCCAUGGCGUACAUCCUCGCUCUGGUAAUUGAACGAGAAAACGAGGACUCUUAUCGACGAUAGCCACUUGGAAUCCGAUGAUUUAAUUUUUAGUACUUUUAAUUUUAUAAAAUUUAGACGUAAAAACAAUUUGCUUGCACGUGAUUAGAGAAAUUUUUUUCACAAAAAUGAACAUAAAUUGUUGUUUUUUUUUUUUUUUUUUUUUUU